AUGUCUAAGUAAGUUCUUAAUUGAGUAUCUUAUGUUUCUUUUAUUUGAAUGAGAGAUUCAUUCUUAUUUUUACGUGUUUUAGCAUUCGAAGUCUUGGAGACUUGAAAGGAGACAAGCCAGAGAGUGGAAAUUCUUCAGAUGAAGAUGAAGGUCGUCAGGGAUUCUUUGUUGGUGGAAGCGAACGGAGCGGUCAACAAGUUUUGGGUCCAAAUGGUGGUGAUCAACUUGCUGAUCGAGUUUUCAAAUCGGCUCAACGUCACGGAGCAGAAACCUUGAGCACGGAAGAAGCGGAGCGCUUUCGUGAUGGAGCCUCAGAUCCGAAUUCUGGUGUCAGGUUGAGUGGUGGCCCCUCAGCUCAGAUGAACACUGAACGAGUUCACGUCAUUUUCUGGCAAAAUGGUUUCAGUGUGGACGAUGGACAUCUGAGAUCGUUUGCGGAUCCCGCUUCUAUGGAGUUCAUCAAAGCGUUGGAUCGCGGUCAAAUCCCGACUGAACUUCAACAGAAGCAUCGUUACAAGCAGGUCGAUCUGCAUCUCGAACGUCGUGCUACUGAGUACGUUAAACCAAAUGCAAAACCGUUUGCUUCCUCGGGUCAUCGUUUGGGAGCUGUUGUUCCUGAGAUUGUUUCUGGAGAAACGAGUCAAGCUAAGCCUUCUGCUGAUGGUAAGUCUUUAAAAAAAUAUUUUUGAAUUUAGGAUAAUGAUUCAUGUAAUAGUAAACUUCUUGCUAUCAUUAAUUAAGAAGUUAAAUAUUAAAAACGUCUUGAAUUUUACACGUACAUUUAUUGUCGUCUUAAAAUAUAAAAUUGACAUGUAACUUAGUUACUGUUAUGGGACAUUACAAUAUAAAUAAUAAAAAAUACAGACGAUUAUAAAGACCUAUCUAAAAACCCUAUUGCUAAAGACCAACUGGUCCAUAGCUUCGAACUCUCACUCAACUGGUGAUCAGAGGCAUUUUGAGCUAGAGCCUAAAUUAUAAUCUUAUCAUAUUUGCACUGGCCUAUUUGCAUAGGCGGCACCUAACUUAAUAUAAUGAUGAAUCUUGAUUUAGAAGCUAAGAAAUUGUUUGAAGAAGCUCAAAGCAAUGUUGGUCUGAAGGAGGGUGAACCUACGGGCAGGAUCCAAAUCAGACAACCGAACGGUGAACGCUUGAUUGGCACAUUCAAUCCUUCACAUGUGGUCGAGGAUGUCCGGUCUUUCAUUGUCUCGUAAGUUUUGUAUUUGUUACCUAAUUUUUUAAACUUUGUAAAAUAUAACAGUUUUGGUACUUUUUUAUGGAAUAACAUAACUUUCUUGAUGAGUUUUGAAAUAUAAUUGUAAUGUUGCUUUAGAGCUUUACCAGAAUGGGCGUUCCAGCCGUUCCAAUUGUACACUACCUUCCCUAAUAAGCUAAUUGAAGACGAGUCCAAGACUGUGAAAGAAGCUGACAUCUUGAAUGCAGUCGUUGUUAUUAAACCUGUUUCCUAAAUUAUUAUUAAGGGUCACAUAUAAACUAUUGUACCAUUUUGGCGUUUUGAAUUCAGAAGUUUGUGACUUUGUUACCUUUGGCUUAUACUUGUUUUUAGAAAUUGCUGUAAUUUAUCCAUGCGUAUUAACAGUACUAUAUUGUUUAGAUGCCAGGUGGCAUAAAAGAAGCUUUAGGUCUAGACAAGUUUGCUAAGGCUUUGAAGAUCGUAAAGGAUGCUGGAGGCAUUCGUGGUGCUAUAAAGCAACGAUAUCUGUAAGGUUUGAUUGUGAUGUUGUUACUAACAUGAUUAAUGGAUACUAUAUUUACUUUUUAUUAUUUUUUUGGCAGUUUUAUCACUAAAAUAAUGUGUAAUGACAUUUUAAAUUUAUAGGAUUAAAUUUGAUAGUUAUGUUCUGUUGACUUUGAUAGUAUACUUUUAGGAUGGAUCAGAGCAAGACUGGAGAUCUGAUCGGAACGGACAAGUUUGGCAACAAGUAUUUCCAGGACGAUGGUAACUUCAUGCCCAGAAACAGAUGGGUGGUAUUCGACGAGAAGCAGUGGUUGGACUACGAUGCCACUCAAGUGCCUCCAGAAUGGCACAGGUGGCUACACCACAUGACUGACGAGCCUCCCACCGUCAAGCCUCCAGUAGACAGGAAGUGGAUCAUGGAGCACAAAGAGAACACUUCCAUAUACAUGUAAGUGAUAUUGUUUUUGGUUGAUUGACACUUUUUAUUGUAGAACUGGAUUCUUUUUGAUAUGAAGUGUGUUAUUAGUGUAUUGUUUAAAUAACGGUUACAUUGUUUUUGUAAUUUCAGGGACGAGAAAUACAUCCCGUACUCGACUACCAGACCCAAGGUGCAAGGCUGGCAACCCAAAAACAAACAGUAA